AGAUAAAACAACAUUUGUUGUUCUUAUCAAGCCAUGGCUUAGACUGAUACUUUCCUCUGCUCUCAGACCUUGCUCUUCCAUGUUUGUUGCUUCCUCUUGAAUCAACAUAGAGACCUUCGGCACUUGGUCUAGACUGGCUUCGACUUUCAGUUUACUCUCUAUCUUUGGACCUUGUAGCUCUUGUUACUUCAUUCAAGCUGAGACUGUCCCUUCCAUACUUGAGUGUUCCUUUAGUUGGUCAUACCACUUGUUGGGGAAAAUUCUAACUUGACCUUGUAUCAAACAAACAACUAUCACUUGCUAGUUUUGAUACUACUUGUUAGGUUUACCCAUACACCUAACUUUCCUACCCUUUGAGUGUUAAAGCUUGGAUCUUUGUGAUGAAAACAGAAACUUAAAGACAAAAGAGAUUUGUUCACCCAGUUUCCUUUUCGGUACCUCUGGAGUGGGAUCUCUCUCCCACAACUUCCACUAACAAGCAAAGCUUACAAGUUCCAGUCACUUCUUACUUCCUUGAGAAUGACAAAGGAGAUUACAGAAGGAGAGUACAAUACCAAAACACUCUAAGAACACAAAGACUCGAACUUUGUUUCUUCUCUUGUCUUUAGUAGCUCUCACUCUCUGACUUCUUCUCUCUUGUCUCCUUCUUGUUCUUUGCUCAGUUGCAGAUCCCUUUUGACUGCCUUUGAGCUUUUUGCUUACCUCUCUUUCUAGAUCUUGUGGAGUUUCUCUUGUCUUCUCCUAUUUCUUGGCUUGGUUUCUUAGGUUUAGAGGAGGCACAAGAUAUAUAUAGUGGUAUCUUGUGUCCCAAAACCCUAGUUUUAAUGGGCUUUAAAAACACUGAGGCCCAAACAUAACAGCUUUCCUAGAGCAUCAAUGUGCAAGAUGCAGCCUUUAUGCAGCCUUUCUGAAGUGGUCACUUCAGUGCUCUAGGAAACUUCACCGAUUUACAUAUAACAACAAAGUGCUUAAGACAUGUUUCUGAAGUGGGCACUUCAGAACACAUACCAAAUGCACAUAACCAACAAUCUCCACCUUGAGCGUUUGGUCCCUUGUGCUUGUGCGUCCUUGCGCUUGCAACCUACAUCCAACCUACCAUGCCUUGUAGGUACUUGCCCCCACUUCUUUGGGGUUCUCCUUUUCCUGAGGCGAAAUCAUUCGUGCCUCCUUCUCUCAGCUACUCCACCUGAGUCAAACUACUUGCUUCAACUUCUUCUGAAGCUUUCCCUCAACUGCUCCACCUGGAACAUGUGUCUCUAGUUACACAGUUCCAGAAUCUCCUCCAGGUAACUUUCCCCGCUGUAACUUAACCUUCCAUCUCCAGGCUUUAGACAAACUAACUCUACCCAGUUAAUUCGAUCCUGCAAGAUUCACCAUAAGCCUGCAUAGUUACCUGGGUCUGUUUCCCCCUUUAGUGAGCGUUGAGAAGUAUGAAGCCUUGCUGCAACUCCUGACUCGGUAUCCUCUUAUCCAAGAAGCCUCCCUUCUUACUCCUAGCAUGCUUCUCAUCUUGGGUAGAUCUUCCUGCUUUUAUGAUAGACUCAUAUUCUGCUUCACUCACUUCGAACAGAAACCUUGUGACUGCUUCAAUCUCAUCUAAGCCCGUUGCAUUCUCUGAGCCUGAGAAACUACUAAUGCAACACCUAAAAUCCUUCUUGAACUCAUCGAUCCUCUGAUUCCUCCUUCUUGAAGACUGUUUCUUGGUCUUCCCUUUGUCCUCUUGAGCUACCUUCAGUUAUACUCCUGAUUCCUCUCUGCUCACCUUAGACUCAUUCUCUCCUGGCCAUCCUGUCAUAGAAGAGCCUCCACCUUGAGCUAAUGACUCCUGCCACUUAUAGCCAUAAGGAGUUGGUCCUUGAAUCAGAUUCAUGCUGAAAGUCACAUUCCUUGACUUCUUCUUUUCAGCUCCCUUAACAGACUUCUCUGCUCCUUUCUCGGACUUCCUUGAUUCUAUACUCACCUUCUCUUCCCUUGGAACCUUCACUUCAGUCUUAGUAACCUUGCCUUGAAGGUAGGUGAUGUGAGAGACAAGGUUUCACUUCUUAGAUUUAGGUUAGGUCAAGAGAGAUGAAUGAGAAUCGUGGGCUGAAUCCCGUAAAUAAACUUGAAGAAUGAAUAUGAUUUUAUUGAUGAGUUGAAAGAUGAUGAAUACAAAGGAAUGUAUCUUGAGAUGAUUGCUAAAGAAUACGUAAUGCUUUUAAUCUAGUACAAAAGUUGAUAUAUGGAAAAGAGAUCCCCUUUGUCUUUUAUCUUCUUCAUCUUUAUAUAGUCUAGGUUUCGUUGGCAACCCUUCAACUGUUCUCCUAGAUAUUUGGCUUCAAUUACGGAGCUCGCUUUAGGCUCCUCUUGACCGAGUCUCUUAAGGUGUUAGCUCACUUUCUGUCGUGACCUCUGCUAUGAUGUCUCCCAGGUCCAGUCGUCAGCUCGGCUUUCAGCUCCCUUUGUUAUGAUGGGCUUAUCGCAACCCACAUGCUAGCUCACGCUUAUCGGUACCUCACCUGAGGGUCAUAUUCGGGUCCAACAGUUGCCCCCAGCUUCCGAAUAAAAUCCUUUGUCUCGGAAGCUAGAAUCUAGCUAUCGAUCUUAUCUUUUCGUUAAGAUAAUGAUUAGUUCUUAUCCUAUUUAGAUUCAGCUUACUCGAUCUAACGGUCUUUAUUACGUUUGGCAGAAUCUAUGGUUCAGAUGGAGAGGGUUUGAAAUGACUUUUCCGAAUCUCGAGAGGUGAUGGGAUAUAAAGCGGUGAACAUUAACUGCUAGCCUUCCACUUUCUCCACGCCUCCGUUCGGUUUUCAAGAAAUCGAAGAUCCCCCGAAGCUCUCUACCAAGCUCACCAGGGCUCUAUACCGCAAGUUGCAACAGAGUCCCUGUACCUGGGUGGCCUACACCACUUCUCGAAUAAGUGCAGCCAGAUUCCCAGAUACCUACAACGCCUCUUUCCAAGAUCCCAUUCCUGCUGAGAACCUUGAGAUUUCGGCAGGCGAUUCGGUUGUAUCGAUCUCAACUGGUGCUAGUGCUUCGGGAACUGAAAAGUCUCAGCCAGGUGACAUGACUCUGCGACCGUCAUUCCGUUCUAGGGGUAACCCCUCUAAAGCUGCCAGUGCUUCUCGUGGAAGCGACAGGAACCAAGGAGGAUCGUUCCUUAUCUCAAUGAAGGAAGUUUUGGACGACGGAGGAUCCAAACCUGUUGUCGAGACUACUCCAACUGAGGUUGUAGCUCAGGAUGCUGCUCCUCUCCCUGAGGUCCAGGUGCCGGAGGCUGACUACCAGGCUCCGAAGGGUACCUCUGAGAUCGAGCCGUCGAGACACAAGAGGCCCAGGAUCGAUCAGGGCGGAGCUUCCAUCCGUUCUUCUUCCUCGUCCUCUAGAGGAGGGACUGUUGGGUGGAGCUUUACCCAUUCGAAGCCUGGGUCGAUCCUGGAUGACUCUUGGGGCCUAGCUGCGAUAAUGAGGCACCUGAAGAGCGUGGGAUGUCCCCUUCCAGCGCUCAAGGACCUGACUAACCGAGAUGAGUAUCUCGAUAUUGCCCACUGUAUGGGUCAGUUGGCUGGGGCUGUUAACAGGGCCCAGCUCAGGUUUGAGAAUGCUCUGUGUGCUGCCCCCAAUGCUGGUGAACUUGCUGAGGUUACCGAGAUGGUUAAGGCAGCCAAAACCGAUCUUGACCAAGCCCGGGUUCGAAUUUCUGAACUCGAAGCCGAAGUGACGAGGCUAGGCUCGAAGGCCGAUGCUCAGCAAGGAGAGAUCGAGAGUCAAAAGCUCGAUAUCCAGGUGAAGAGCAGGAGGAUCAAUGAUUUAGAGGCUGCUCGAAAGAUAGCUGAGCAUCAAGUACGUGAGCUCAUUGCCUCAUCCCGGGAUAGCCAGAAGAACAAGGAAGCUGAAGUCAAGCUGGCUGUCAGGGAAGGGAAGAAAGAAGUCGCCGAAGCUUACGGCAAGAUCCUGGUCUGUGUUAAGGAGAAGUUUGCUAGGAAGAAAGAUGAGGUCGACGCUUUGGUGUACGCUCAGGAGCUCCAAGCUAAUGCCGACCUCUUGAAGGAUAUGCUGAACAACAAGAUCCAAAGCGUUGAAGAGGAGUACAACCAAUUGGUGGCCUUAUUACCAGAAGCGACAACUGCGUAUGAGAAGGCUCAAGUCUCUGACUUCUCGGUCAGCAAGCUUCCUCUUCCCCAGAUCUCGGAGAGUUCAGGUACUUUCGAGAUUAACAUGUUUAAUCCAUCCUUUUCUGGGGAGUAUGGCUCUAAUUUGGGUUUGAUGGCUCCUGACUUAGCUCCAGUCGAGGCAGCAAUAGGAGGUGACGGCAAUGUGGUCGAUGAGGGAGUUCCUGCCGGUGCUGGUGAUCCGAUUCAGGAAGAGAAGGAAGAUUGAGAGCUACGGCUCUUUUAACUUUAUGUUUUGUGUUUUUAAGACUUCGGCCUAAGGGCUUUGUUUCGUUAUGUUUUGUGACUUAGUGCCUGAGGAGGCCUUUAAACCUUAACGCUUGCUGGAUUUCAAUAGCCUGGGGAGGUUUUUAAACCCUUUCUUAUGUUUAAAUCGUGGCUAUUAUUUCUGUUUUAAGUUUUUGAACUUAACCUCGUUUCAUUUAAUCAUAGUGAUUGCGAAUCUCA